AUGCCUCGCUCACCAAUAUCGCCCAUCUCGACUGCAUAUACCACUUCCACCAACUUAUCUCCCCCGUUCACCUACUCUACCACUCGACCACCCACCUCAUUCUCCGAGUUGUCCACCAGGAAUCGCAGCAAUACGAAUUCAAGCUCUUCCAGGUCAAGAUCAUAUAGUACCAAUAAUGGUCCAAGUGGAAGUGGAUAUACCAGAUCUCCAUAUGCACCGCCAGAAACGCCUCUACCUCCUUUUGCCACACCUUCAGCCGGGAAGAAUUCAUUUGACGAUGAUUGUGAGACUGCCAGUGAGCUAUAUCAUAGAUCGGAUUGGUUAUCCACUGUUAAUGGUGGAGGUGCAGAUGAUGCAGCGACAAGGUCAAGAUUUUCGAGCUCAAGGAAAUAUUCAAGAACAUCUUAUAAACCUUCUUCAAGACCUUUGAAUUCCCUUCCUCCAGAUACACCCCUCCAACAUGGUUCAGAAGGAUUGACAAGUUCGGAUUCGAAUACCCAUCUUACACCUUAUCCAUAUACUGCCAAAACCACUGCUAAGGUGCAAUUUGCAGAUGAGCAGAGUCAUGUGAUUGACUCCCCUGGUGAGUUGACCCCUACCCCUGGAUCGAAUAAGGAUAAGAAUGGAUCUUUACCGGCCACUUCUAAUGCUACUGUCGGAGCUAUUGGAAACGAGAGAAAAGGACGGAAAGGAAAGAACAAUACACAAUCGACAUUGCCUUCCGCACUGAGUUUAUCGCAUCUUACGCCAUAUCAACCGAAGCAAGCUAUUCCGGCGCCUCAGCUGCACAAAGAGGGAGUGAGAUCCAUAGGUGACUGGAAUACUUCUUCGCCUGAUAUACCAGGUUCUGAAAACUUCUUAUCGCCAAUACGAGAUAUCGAUCCAUCCUCACAUCCUGAUCUACAUCAUUCAGAGGAUGUUGGAGCGGUCCAACAGGAGAUGCAUCAACGUGUACCAUACUCCAAAAGUGUUACUCCGGACAUACAUAAACAGCAAACUCGUUUGAUUGGUCCUAAAGAUCAAAAUAAAUUAGGUAGGAUGUCAGUCGCCCCUGCUAGAUAUACAUUACCACCUCAGAGGAAAUCAAGGUUGGAUACUGGAUUACCCGAUCUAUCUACUCAUCCCGACUCCACUAAUUCUCCUCCGAAAUCUACUAAGUCACCCUCACUUUCAAGUAUCCGUCAACCUACCUCCAUCUUGCGUCAUCCUCAACACAAUCCCUUAGUGAAGUUCUACAUGACCUAUCGGCCAUUUAUCUCACCAAUCUUAUCCCUCAUCUGCGCAUUAGUCCUAACAGUAACGCACUCUAUCAACUCUGAUUCUCCCAUUGGUAAUUUUAUCUUGGUCGAUAAAGAGAUUAAGACUGGUGGGAUGGACCCACAGUGUCAGGGUUAUAGUUUUAGGGAUUUUGGGAAUGACAUUUUGACAUUCACGAUUCCUGGAAACUCAUCACUCGAUGAUCUCUCGUCGUUACUCACCGCACUAACAGUUUUAACAUGGCUAUUGGCGACCUAUCAAACUGUCACUGGUUUUCUCCAUUUCUAUCUGUUCUUCGCACUCUCGAUCCCUUUCAAUCAUUUGGUAGGAUGUAGUCUCCCUCCUAACCCUUCUAACAACAAAAUUGAAGCCAAAGACAGGACAACGAAUAAGAAGAAGAAGAACAGUUCCACUAGUUCUAGUUCCAGUUGUGACUCGGAGAAAGACCGGAUUGUAACUGAGGUGGACCUUAGAGUGAAAUGCGAGAGAUUCCCAUACGAGAGUUAUCUAUGGGUCUGGUGGGCUUGGUGGGGUCAUCGAAGGAGUCCGAUAGGUUGGGGAUUCGCGAAUAUCGUUGGUGUAUUGGGGAUCACUACGUUUGCGUUGACUUAUAAAUUCAAAAAUGAUAUAAUAAACGCUACUGGAUCUGACUCGUCAAAAGUUAAAUUUGAUCACGGUGCAUACAUGCCACUUAUGACCGUAUUGUUCACCUUGGACACCUUCAUACUAUCUUUCAAGUAUUUCUGGAAUUUCAAAUGGAAUUUCUACAACUUACUCAAUCCACCGUCUCCUUCCCCUCGGGUACUCCUGCUCCCAGCAUCGGAGAACACAGUAUUACAACAUCAUCGGAAAACAGGUAUUCAAUCUUUCUUCGCUCCCAUCUCAGCGGUUCGUCCCGCCACAACGAAGGAAAGAACUGUCGAUACUUACCUUGAUCCCACCACUACGCGCGAAGUGGGUUUGAAUUUGGACGAAGAGACUAUCCGGUGGCUUAGGGCUUAUCCAUCCGACGAAGAAUUACUUCCCCUGAUAGCCGAUUUGAGAAAAGGCAAAUACCACUCACAUCAUCAUUUCUUGUUAUCGGAUAUAGGAUUAUUAUAUCUCCGUCCUCCCCCCGGAGAACAUGAGGAAGAAAGUGCUUUGCUGGUCCCUCCUGGAGGUGUUAUACGAUUAGAGCUGUUGCAGGAUGCUCAUUUGGAUUGUUAUCCGCACGAAGGAGGACCACUCAACGAUCGAGGACUGGAAGCUCACAAUGGAUUGGAAAUCAUGAUUCAAUCGUUGAAUCAGAAUUUCUGGUGGAACGGUAUGGAAAUUGAUUGUAAGGAAUUUAUAGAGAAUUGUCAAUUCUGUUUUGAGAGGUUGAGAGAGGAGAAUGGGAGAUUGAAUAAGGUUUAUCAGAUGAAUUAG